CAGCUCCACCACUUACACCGUUCACCGAAACUGGGCAGGCGUUUUGCAAUUAGCAGCCUUCGAACUGUCUUCAGUUUUAUUCAUUUCGUGUAAAUCACUCUAAAAUGGGUCUUGGAGACUAUCCUCUCGAAUAUGAUCGAAAAGUCCAUGGACCUUACGAUCCGGCUCGCUACUAUGGAAAACCGGAUACGUACUUCAGUGAAGUGAAAUUAGGAGAGCUGGGAGCCUGGUUCGGCCGACGCAACAAGUCUCCUUCAGCUGUGGUUGGAGCUCUCAGUAGAGCAUACUGGCGCUGGAAUCGUAGAUUCAACCACUGUCGUAUUGGUAACGCUGCUUACCCGCUCCAAGUUAUAAUCGGAGGAGCAAUUAUUGGAUAUUUGAUCAACUACCCCAGAACUCAGAAUCACAUCUAUAGGAAGUACCACUAAAUCUAUGUCCACAUGCAGUCUAAUUGUUUCAUUGCCGUAUUUGUGCAACUUAAAAAUUUCAAAAGGAAAGCCUUUCAAUUAUCUGUUAUUCCAAGUUAAAGAUCCUUUUCUUUUGCUUUUAUUCGUAAAUUUAACCUGUUGUUUAUGUAAGUUUUAUUUGAAUUGUAAUUAGGCAAAUAAAUAAUUUGAUGGGUAUCCCUCAUCCGUA